CGCAAGCAUCUCCUCACAAUUUAAUAUAACGCUCGUACGAGUAAGAAAUCCAAGUAAUAAUACGUGCCCAACUGUUAUGCCAACAAAAAGUGCAAAUCAAUCUGAUGCCGACAGCAACACCAGAAUAACGCUUCAUUAUCAAUCGAAAGUUUUGCUAUCGAACUGGAAAACGGCUCAAAAGCCAGCAUAACAAACAGUCCGUUCAUAUAUAAAAACGGUAAUGCGAAGAUGACGGGCAAGAUACGAGACGUCGAUAUUUGCAUCACCUGUGUCACCGAGAAGGCACCCAAGCUUCCUCUUCGAGAAGAGUUGCCUAGUCUCGGAAUAGAACUCGUUUACAAUGCAAAGGGAGUUGGUGCCGCAGCUGCUGAAGAGGAAAGAAAGAAGGAAGCAGAAAGUAAUAGAAAAAGAAAGCAACUUGAAAAGAACAAAAGCACGAUCGAUCCGCCGAGCCGGUCUCCUUUCCCCUCAUUAAAAGCAAGGAGGAGUGCUCAAAAAGAAGAUCCACCUGAGGAAAGCCCUUUCCCAAAAGCUUUGAGUUACGGAAAGUAUCAAAGGAAACUAGAACUCCGCACGAAACCAAUAAGAGAUGCUGCGUCUAUGUCAAGUACUAUAGAGACAACUUCGACCAUCAACGACGCUUCUCUCCAAAACAAAGAGAAGAAGACGAAACGUGGAAAACUGCUUGGCUUAUUUGGCAAGAAAAAAAAAAAUGCAUCUAACGAACCUCCAACAUCUGUUGAAUUUCCGUCUUCGAAUUCUGUGGAAGAUGCAGCUCUCAAGGAAGUCUUCAACACUUUUAUGUCUAACGAUGGGGAUGAUGUUCCAGCUAAAGCUGCAUUCGAUGCUCUUCCUCCGAAAUCUGACACAAAGAGAAAAGAGAAUACAUCUGUCGAGGAAGAAAAAAUACUAUUUCCGGACUUGUUACCAGGGUCUAAAAGUAGUCCUGAGCAACUUGAAACCGAAAGUUCUCCAGAAACUAAUGGCAGUCAAAGCGAGGGAAAUCAGAGUUCCUCGAUAGAACAGACUACAAUCUCAUCUCUUGGACAUGACUCUUCGGUUUGGAAGCACGCGAUUGUCAGUGAUGCAGAAUCUUUCACGAAACGGGCGAAGGAUAUGUUACAGAAGAUAUCUGCUCAACGAGAACGAGUUGCUUCUCCUUCUGGUAGCGGAAACAUCAAGGUCAAACUUCUAAAAGACGGUCUGGAUAAUCAAAUCACAGAAAUUUACGAUCUGACUGAGGUUUCUGAGAAUGGAGACAAAAAUCCUCAGCAACAAAAGAUAGAAAUGAGAAGAAUUGAAGAGAGCAAAAGUCGUCAUUCCUUUCCUCACUCACACCAUCAAUCUGUCGCAGAUAUCAACAUCGGUGCUAAGGAUUCACCUUAUGUAGUCGAUGUCUCUGACGAAGAAAGUAGUGUCCCAGUGCCAGUAUUGAAUGAUAACUAUGGGUACCAAAUCUUAGACGUAGCUGACAUUUAUGAAGAAAAUGGUCCAGGAUCGCCUCUCGUGCUUUCACCUGUGCAAAUACGAAGAACUGCCGACGCCUCCGAAUUCUCGCCAUCAUCAGUUGCAAUUCCUCAUUUUGGAGAAGAGAAGAAGCAGAAUCCGUUACUUCCUCCAUCUUACUACAACCAAACAAGAAACGAUGGCUUCGUCGAUUUAGAUGGCAGAGAUGAUGUUAUUGUAUAUCGAGUAGAAAGUCAGAUGUCUCCAAAUUUACGAGACAGUAACAUAUCACCUAUUCGGGUUGAUAUAGCUGACCCAUAUAUGGCACCAUCUAAACGUGCUCGAAAGACUGGCAUGAAAAUGCCAACCUUCGAUGAAGCAGUACAGAAGUACUACGAAAGUCGGGGACAUAGUCCAUCGCGUUUGCCUUCAACCAUGACCCCUCAUUUAAAUUCAACAAUUCGGAAAUGUGCUUCUCGAGAUUCAAAUGAUAGUGCCCGCGUUCUGAAGGUCACGUUCUCGGAAGACAUCGAAGAGCGCUAUUAUCAAAAAGAUCAGUUUGGCAAUCAGUCCUCGUCAGCAAUGAACUCAUCACUAGCUACAGCAAUCGUGAACACAGAGAGGGAUGCAAUUGAACCAAUUUCUUCUACACUGAGACGAGAAGCUGAUGAAGCACUUGUUGAAUCCUAUGCGGAUCAAUUAGAUCAGGAAGACGAUAUGCGCACACCGCAGCAGAUGCUCUUGGAAGCACUUUCUUUUGGAGAUCCACUUCCAUUUGAUUUCGAGGAGACGAUUCACUUCAAUCCCAGUAUUGCGUCAAAACGACUGCCAAGUCUCAAUACGUUUGCUUUGCACGCAGCCUGCUUUCGAGCGUUCCCAAAACGAUUCGGAAAAGACCAAACCUGUCGGAUCAACGAUUUAAUUGACGAUCUGACGUUGUAUCGAAAGCUGAUAGAAGUACUUGUUGAAGCUGAUCCUUACGUUUGCCAAAGAGUUAAUGAAAAUGGAGAUCUUCCAGUACACAUAAUGGCUCGUCAUUUGAUGGAGUGGGAAGGCCGCUGGUAUCAGAAAGUUUAUGAUAAAGCAAGGAAUAGUGACGAAGAACCAGAUAGUGGAUCUGGUAUCACGAAGUUGUAUCAAUCUAUGUCCGAAUGCAUUAAUUUAGUUUUGCAACCGAUCUCUGAAGUCGAUUCUUUGUGUUUGCAUUCUGGAAGUGUGGGACGAAUCCUUCCAUUACAUAUCGCUGCGAUCUUUACAGUGCCAUACAGUACACUUCGUUCGCUAUUGGAAACGUGUCCAAAUGCUGCAUCUACCAUGUGUGAUUUGGGAGAUAUCAAAACCUUUGUUCCAAAUGAUUCCACUCCUCUUGAGCUCCACGAUAGACUCUCAACAGAUUUUCCGAAAUGGGAGAUCCAAAAGGUGAACUUUCACCCUGACGAAGAAAUGACACAAGCCAUGCUCGACAAGAUCUACGGAACAAUGAAUGCAAUGCGAAGAUCUGAUUUGAUGUUUGCUUUCUCUCCGAAGUUACUUCCGUACCGAAACGAAGCAUACCGAAUGCGACGAAUGGAACACAUGAUUCAGAAGGAGAUUAAAUACCAAGAUACGAAAGGAAAUUAUGUGAUGACACGACCUGCUACGUUUUUUUGGAUAUGGAUGUGUGAGUUUCAAGGUGAAGAUGAUCCCACUGAUCACUACGCUGAGAGUAUCUCGAGAAUUAUUGAUCAUCUUCCAUAUCUUGCAGUGCGAUAUUUGGCGUCGGUAGUAAAUGAAGAAGGAAAAGCGGCAAUCGAUUGUGCAAUACCCAUUUGUGCCGAUGUUAUCAUGGAUAGAUUGUACAGGAUAUCAAAUACUGAUAUCCCAAUGCUUGUGCACACGGUGCCGGGUGAAGUAGAUACAACUAUAGGAAGUCCGAAGCUACGAGAAUUUGACAAAGAAAAUUCCCUACGCUUUCGCUUUCAUGGGCAGGGCUACGUUGGAUCUCUCUGUAGAACAAUCUUUCACAUUCAAGAAAAGUCGUACCCAAGUAGUUUCAUCAUUCUUCCAUACAAGCUUGUGCAAGAUGGUAAAGGAGGCCUAGGGCUUGAAUCUCCAGCAGCAGCGAAAAUAGCAAUGGAAUUUGCUGGUCACUUGUCACGCUUGACAUCGCCGAAAAAUAUUGUUUCUGUCCUUGACAAAAAACUUGAUGAAUUCUUCGGGCACGAUCUCGUUGAUAAAAUGAAUAGGGAAAAUCGUGAAUCCCAGCUCAAACGAGAAGAAAGUUUCGAUAAAUUCUUGAAGCUAUACGAGAACGGACCUGCGUACUUCUACUUUGUUGAUGAUUGUACCGGCGUCCCUAUUGUUAAUGACACGAACGGGGUAUACCCCUUGAUUGUCAAUGACGCAGCCGAGGUAGUGGAAAAAGUGUUUCCUUUGAUGCUUUCAGGAAUGAUCCUUAUGAGAGGGGAAAAUGCUCUUUCCAUUUUGGCCGAUGUUUUACUUUUUGAAAAUAUCAAGCUUGUUCUACCCCAUUGGAUUGAAGCUGCAAAAGAUUUAGUAGCUUUUUCAUUCUCUCCCGAGUCAACCAAGCUACUUUCAAAAAGAGAGAAACUUAUCAACUUCAUUCAAUAUGGAUCGACAGAAAACGAUGCCUCCGAGAAGUUCAAGAGUGGCGAUCUAUCGAGUGAAUGGGUUCUUGAAGUGUCUCUUAUUAAGAUGAUGGUUGAAAUGCACGACGUGGGACACAACUUUUGUGGUUUAUUACAAGAAACAUCUGUGACGCAAGUCUUGUGGACGCGAAACUCUCAAAUUCAUACAAAUUUCCCAUCCCAGAUAAAUUUCACGACUCCGAAGUUGCUUAAAGUCUCUCACAGCAACACCGAUAAAAAUGCUACUAAGGCUCUCCGUAACAAGUUGAACGACAACAGAAAGUACGAUGAAAUGUUCGCAGAAAUGAGUUUGACUGAGUCAAGUAGUGAUGAAAAGGAGAAAGGCAGCAGCAGCGAGGAGUAUACUGAUACUGAUUGCAGUUCAGAAGACAAAGUGUCUGGUAUGAUUGUGACCGCCUCCGAAAGAAAUAAUUCUCAAAGCGUAGCGAGUCAGUUAACAGAACAUCGUCAGGCAGAACAUCAACUCUCGGACAAAAUGUCACUAAAAAGUGACGAAAGCUUGCCACCGAUGUCUCUCGCCAGUUCUGAUGAGUCAUUCGACAUCCGCACUGUUAUGAAAUUAAGAUUCCAGUUGGACGAACAAGAGUCCAAGCUCAAGCAACUGCGACAGAAAAUCUCUCAUUUAGAUACAGUGGGAGGUCAAUUGGUGCAACAAGAAGAAAAAAUUACGAGCAUGAUCGGGGAGAUUAUAAAUCAGAAAGAUCAGAUGCUCCACAAUUCAUCAAAGGAUGGAUUGACAAAAGCAAGGGCCUUGAUGAUGAGAAUAUGUGAAUUAGAGGACCGGGUCCUCUGUCGUGAAGUGGAAGUUGGUCAACUAAAAAAUGACGUAUCUUUUUUCCAACUGGAAGCAUCUGUAGGAUCAGAGUCCCGUGCCGUUGAUGGGACAAGCUAUUCCUCUCGGAACAGAGAAGUUCUGGAGAAUAAUCCUAAUGAAAAUAUGGAAACCCCCGACGAAGACAUUAACUCCCUCGCACCAUUCAGUGUACGACGUCAAGUGCCUUUAGUUGACGAUGAUGAGUCUAAUGAUGGUGAUAGCACUUUGGGCAAUAGCACUAUGUACAACAGUAGUUUGGAUGGGUACCCUGUUGGAAUGUUAAAUUAAAUCUAAUAUAUGUUUUAAGAAUAC